AUAUCGCCUUCAUUAGGUAAUAGUCUUAAAUAUCUCUCCUUAUAUGUUUCUGUCGCUGUAAGGAAAUCAUUAUACUGGACCCAAGAUGGAAAUUUUAUGAAGGCUUUAGAAAAACCUGGGCCUUUUAUCUUGCGAAU